AUGGCUGCUGACAACAAAUCGAAACCACCAUCAUCUCCGGCGCUACCCUGGAGGACUCGCUUCCAAUUAUCCAUCCUCAGUACAUUAACCGACGCCUCCCGUCGUCGUAACGGCACCGUUAACCGCUGCUUCCUCAGAUUCUUAGGCUUCGGGCUCAGAACGACGGCGAACCCCAAUCCUACCAACGGCGUCAGGACUUCCGACGUCACCAUCGACUCCUCUCGUAAUCUCUGGUUCCGCCUCUUCGUACCCACUCAGUUAGCAGAGCAAGAUGAUUCUCAGUUGCCCGUAGUCGUCUUCUUUCAUGGUGGCGGGUUCACCUUUCUCAGUCCCGAUGUCAAGCCCUACGACGUCGUCUGCCGCCGUUUCGCGCGCGAGAUCCCUGCUGUCGUAAUCUCAGUCAACUACCGGCUGGCCCCGGAACACCGUUACCCGUCUCAGUACGAGGACGGUUUUGAUGUGCUGAAGUUCCUUGACAGUGAGAAGAACGUGUUGCCGGAGAACGCGGAUUUGUCACAGUGUUUCUUGGCCGGAGAUAGUGCCGGAGGAAAUGUGGCCCACCACGUUGCAAAACGAGCGUGUCAGUCCAAAUUUAAUAUCAUCAAGAUAAUAGGACUGAUUGCUAUUCAGCCAUUUUUCGGAGGGGAGGAGCGUACAAAGGCCGAGAUUGAAUUACAAGGGAUCGAUCCACUGGUAUCGGCGAGUCGAACGGAUUGGUCGUGGAAGGCAUUUAUGCCGGAAGGGGAAGGAAUGGAUCGAGACCACGAAGUUAUCAAUGUGAGUGGGAAAAAUGCAACCGACAUUUCUCAACUGGAUUUUCCGUCCACAUUGGUGGUGGUGGCUGGCUUCGACUCUCUCCAAGACUGGCAAAGAAGGUACUAUGAGUGGCUAAAGCACAACGGGAAGGAAGCCUAUCUGUUGGAAUACCCAAACAUGAUCCAUGCUUUUUAUAUUUUUCCUGAACUACCAGAAUCUGAUCAUCUCUUCUCCCAACUCAAAGACUUCAUUCACAAGAAUUGUGAAAAAAGCAAUUAA